CCGGACAGGACGGGAGUGUGUUUGUUUUGCUGGCUGCAGUCUGAGGGAGGAUGAGGCUCAGCAUUAGGCUUGCCUACAUUUUUACGUACAACCUGUUCCAGUUUUGUGGUCACACAUGGAUACUGGCAAAUAUGAUGGCCAGGUUUCUCACUUUUGGUCGAGAUGCCUUGGCGGACACAUUUUACUCUGUUGGGGUUGUGAUGAGUCUUUGCCAGCUGCUGUCCAUCCUGGAGCUCUUCCAUAUCGCAGAUGGCAUCGAGAAGGCCAGGCCUCUUCCUCGCUUGGUCCAAGUUAUAGAGAGGAAUCUCCUGCUGGUCAUGGUCAUCAUGCUGGAGGACGUCCAAAGUAAACCAGUUGUCUGUGUGCAGUUCUUCCUGUGGAAUGUUCUAGAUCUACUACGGUACCCACAUGAGCUGCUGUGUGUUAUGGACACGCCCUCCUUCGACAUGCUGUGGACUCGCUACACACUGUGGAUCCCCAUCUACAUCUUGUCAGUUGUCACAGAAGGUGUGACUCUGUACCAGGCCCUGCCGUACUUUGACUCCAUGGGCUCUUAUUCCAUCCAGUUGACUGUGCCAGUGUCAGCCCACAUCCACCUUCCCAUUGUCCUCCUGGUCCUCCUACCAGCUCUGGCAGCUGGGGCUUCUCUCACAGUCUGGCAGCUGCUGAAAGAGAGAAAACAGCACCUGGAGAAAUGGAACAAGAAGCUGAAAAGAAAGUGACACUCAAAGAAGUGAAUGGACCAAACAACAGGACAUCCAGUGAAGUAAAGCUGUGAUUACGGGAGAAUCACAGCUUUCCACGAUUACAGAAGACCUUAUGUGUGCCAUAGCAGCAGAAAAUGUUGCCAAGAUAUUAAAAAGUGUUGUUGUGCUAUGUAGUUUCCUCAUUGUUGCUAUAGGAGUUUUUAAUAUCAGGAAGAACUGUAAAAAUAAAAAUGAAUCACCGUCUGUUACUUUGCAUCUAUAUAUCUAUCACUAAUCAUGAAUGUGUACAAACAAUCACUUAAAGGUAUACUUAGAUGAAGAUAUUAUGUAGAAUAAUAAUUCUUUUCUCUUGACACCUUGUUACUGAGCAACAAAUUAAA